GAAUCUGCACAACUGAUAUAAUUGAGCUUAAAGGAGAUUAUUGUAUACUCAUGGCUACAUCAAUGGCUGCGGUGCUCGGUUUCUUAUUCUUCCUGUUGCCGCUCUCUGCCAAUGCAGCCACCUUCGAGAUCGUCAACAGGUGCUCCACCACCGUCUGGGCCGCCUGGGCCACCAUUAGCCCCCAGGCCGGCGGCGGCAGGCAGCUCAACCAGGGCGAGUCCUGGACCAUCAACAUAAAUGCCGGGGCCACCGGCGGCCGCAUCUGGCCGCGUACUGGCUGCUCCUUCGACGGCAACGGCCGCGGCAGCUGCCAGACCGGCGACUGCGGCGGGGUGCUGCAGUGCGGGGGCUACGGCAGGGCGCCCAACACCCUCGCCGAGUUCGCGCUCAACCAGUUCAACAACCUCGACUUCAUCGACAUUUCCAACAUCGACGGCUAUACCGUGGGGCUGGACUUCAGCCCCACCACCGGCGGCUGCCGGGGGAUCCGAUGCGCCAACGACAGUAUCGUGGGGGAGUGCCCGGCGGAGCUAAGGACGACGGGCGGCUGCAACGGGCCCUGCACGGUGUUCGGGACGCCGGAGUACUGCUGCACCAACGGGCCGGGCACCUGCGGUCCCACGCCGUACUCGAGGUUCUUCAAGGAUCGCUGCCCGGAUGCCUAUAGCUACCCGCAGGACGACCCGACCAGCACUUUCACCUGCCCUGGGGGCACGAACUACAGAGUUACCUUCUGCCCUUAAUUAAUCCAUGCGGAUUAUAAUAUAUUAAUAAUAUGUGAUAAUAAGAUCAACGUAUCAUGCAUGGGAAAUAAAAGUGGUCAAUUGAUAAUUGAUGGUUAUCUUUCUCAUAAA